AUGGCAACCACCACAAACGCCAACCCACCCCCAGAAUCCCUACUCAACAGAUACAAAUACCACCUCCUCAUCGGCAGCUACCUCGCCUUGACAUCCCUCUUCUUCUACCGUGUCCACCGCCGGCCAUUCUCGACAGCCAUCAAGUCGGAGCAGUACGAGACCAUCUUCAAGGGCACUACACUGGCUGCUGUGGUCGGAGGGGUCGCUAUGAGCAGUUCUGGGCGGGCGAAGUAUCGACAGUAUAGGGGGCGACCUGAUGAUCGAGGGGUUUGA